AUGGCCGAAGAAGAUCAUCGCUCGACAGAGGGCAUAUAUACCGGUCUCCCUCUCGACCCAUCCGCGUUCGAUAGUGACCCCCGAAUCUCUUGGUCGAAACUCGACAACAAGUUCAUCCUCGAAACCGACGAGGGCAACGAGUUCGAAUGGGACACUGCUCUGAAAAGAUGGAUACCAGUGCUGGACCAGUCCCUGUUGGACCAACAAGGUGAAAUCUACAAGGUUGCAGGUGUCGACGAGGAUGCGACAACCACCUCACAGAAGAAGAAACGGAAACAGCCAAACGGCGAUGAGUCCGGCAACAAGUCCAAAAAGCCUCGAGUCAAUACUGCCGUCUACGUGACUUCGAUACCUCUCGAUGCCGACCAAGAAGAGAUCCAACAUGUCUUUUCCAAAUGUGGUGUCAUCGCAGAAGAGAUCGACUCUGGAAAACCACGAAUCAAGAUGUACGAGGAUGACAAGGGCCAAUUCAAGGGUGACGCACUCGUGGUCUAUUUCAGACCCGAAUCAGUCAAUCUUGCGAUUCAAAUGCUUGACGACACAGAUUUCCGAUUGGGAACGCAAGGUCCAAUGGGCAGGAUGAGAGUCCAAGCAGCAGAUUUCUCAUAUAAGAGUCAACAGGAUGUCCCCCCAAAAACAAGCAAGAGAGAACAAAAGAAGGUCAUCCAAAAAACAGAGAAGAUGAAGGCUAAACUCAUGGAUUGGGAUGACGACGACCCGCAAACGCUACAGGACACAAGCUCCAAGUGGGACAAGGUGGUAAUACUGAAGCAUAUGUUCACGCUCCAAGAGUUAGAGGAGGAUCCCGCGGCGAUGCUUGAAAUCAAAGAAGACAUCCGCGAGGAAUGUUCGAAGCUGGGCCAAGUCACAAACGUUGUCCUCUUUGACCAGGAAGCUGAAGGUGUUGCAAGUGUCCGUUUCUCGGAUGCUCAGGCUGCAGCUGCCUGCGUCCAGCGAAUGAAUGGAAGAUGGUUCGAUGAGAGACAACUAGAGGCGUUUAUUGCAACAGGUCGAGAGAAGUUCAAGAAAUCAAGCGACAAGAAGGUCAGCUUUGACGACGAAGACGAUGAGGAAGAAGGAGGAGAGGGCGGCAGAUUGGACAAGUUUGGCUCGUGGCUGGAAGAGCAAGAGAAAGAAAAUAAUUGGAGCAGCGAGGACCGCCUCUUCUACCACGACUCACUAUCCUUUUCAGGCCCUGAAGGACCUCUUGAUGUUAUGCGCACGCUGUCUAUUUCUGCCUCUUGGCCUGCGUCCACCAGCGUUGUCUUGGGAGGGCCGCUUGCGCUCAACGUCUGCCUCGUCCCCGUCGAAAAUGGUCCCGAGCUGACGGUUAUUUCGAAUGUCAUUAUUUUGUGGCACUCUUCCUUCAUCUUCUGCGGGACUGUCUCCAUUGGCACGCCCCUGCCCUUGCUCCGGCUCAUCAGCUUCAGGAAUGGGAUCGAGUUUCGUGCGCGGAAAGGACUUUCCGCGAAGUUUACCCCUUCUAGGCUGGUCAUUCGUCGUCUAAUCCUGUGGAGAUUGUCCGUUGCUGAGGUUGUCUAUUUCCAGUUCCGGGAGCGGAACAUCCUCUCUUUUCUCAAGGCUUGCCAUGUACUUUUUCCAUUUGCGCCGGUCGAACCACCACUCUCAGAAGCUUGA